AUGGGAAAUAAUAAAAGUGGCGUUUUUGGCUGCGAACCCGGAGGAGUUGGAAAAGUAGAGACCGAUACGAGAUACGACACUGGCCCUGGACAUGCGGAUCUUGGGCCUAGCAAUCAUGUUUGCUCCACCGCUGGCCCCCCCCCCGGUUUAGACCCUGAAGAGGGCUUCGCUGCUGGCAUCAGAUUUACACCCAUGUACAUGUACAGUACAUCCCUUCAGCGUCAUUGGAAGAAACCAGCUCAAUCUGCCCGAGAAAAUGGCACCGAAACUCUAAGUGAUAUCUAUGUACUGUACAAGGGUUGUCGAAUACCCCAUUGGCAGAGCAGUUUAAACUUGUUUUGGCAACCAGCAUUGGGCAUGGCGCAAUCAUCUACAACGGCUGCGUCUCCAGCGACUACCACGGCUGGCCCUAUCACUGUCUUCCAACUCAUUGUCCCCGCCGCAACUCCUGUACCCAGCGAAGCAUCCAUUAUUGGCGUCCGCAACGAUGCUAUUACAUUCGGCAUAGAUGUCGACUGCUUGCCAAUUCUCGCAGACGGCAGUUGUGAACCAGUUUCGGGCUUUGAAACCGUUACAAUCAUACAGGGCCCCAAGACUUUCUCGCAGUCUAUCUCGAUGUCCGGAAUAUUCAUGGACGCCGCUUGCUCCCUGAGUGGCACCACAGUAGCAGAUUGCAUAUUGAAAGUGGAAUCUGGUAAGAAAAAAGACGAGACUUCCAUUAAAUUGAUUGGAUCGCAAAUUGCGACCGCAUUCGCCACUAUCACGGCCACGGCCGGUAUCGAGAAACUUGCCAAUGUACCGCCGAAUGCUGCGCCAAAGGCCACUGGGAACGUCAAUUGGGCGAUUGGCGGUGCCGCUGCGGCCCUUGCGAUGGUUGCUGCCCUAUAA